UGAUUUCUCAGCCUCUGACGGGCUUGUUAUUGUUGGUGACGUAAUACGCAUCAGAAGUUCCCGUGCGUUACCUCAUAGAGAGAGCCAGUCAAUUGAUUCAAGCGGUCGCGCCGAAGCGUUAAAAACUAGUUUUUAGCAAACUAUUAAACUGAAACCGUAGAUGAAGCAUCGAGUUGUAAUGCAGUAGUUAUGACUGCAAAGGAACUGGAUUAUAGUUCAAGUUUUAGCUAGUUCAUUUCGAUUAGACACGUUAGCCGGCUAGCUAACGUUAACCUCUUCGUCUUCGUGCCAACAGAAAAAGCCUCGCCGCUUUCAACAAGGCCUAGCUAGCUAGCUACCUAACCUGCAUAUGUAAUUAAUACACUCAACACGUUUAUUGGCCACAUGUCGGAAGAGAGCGCAUUGGUAAUGCAACAGAAUUUGGACAGGAGCUGCUGGGUGUGCUUCGCAACGGACGAGGAUGACCGCACGGCGGAGUGGGUGCGUCCGUGUCGCUGCCGUGGCUCCACCAAGUGGGUGCACCAGGUGUGUCUGCAGCGCUGGGUGGACGAGAAGCAGAGGGGCAACAGCACGGCCCGCGUGGCCUGUCCUCAGUGCAACGCCGAAUACCUCAUCGUCUUUCCCAAGCUGGGGCCGGUGGUGUAUGUGCUAGACCUGGCGGACCGGCUAAUCUCCAAGGCCUGUCCCUUCACCGCCGCUGGCAUCAUGGUGGGCUCCAUUUACUGGACCGCUGUCACCUACGGGGCCGUCACUGUCAUGCAGGUGGUGGGCCAUAAGGAGGGCCUGGACGUGAUGGAGCGGGCAGACCCCCUGUUCCUGCUCAUCGGCCUGCCCACCAUCCCCGUCAUGCUGAUCCUGGGGAAGAUGAUCCGCUGGGAGGACUACGCGCUGCGCCUCUGGAGGAAGUACUCCAACAAGCUGCAGAUCCUCAACAGCAUCUUCCCAGGUCAGAAAGGACACACUGGCUCAGCUUGCUGGGCAAAAGCUUGUGCACUCCUCUACCCCAGUCGGCUGCCCCAACUAAAGAUACCAACUCAAACUGGGAUUGGGUGUCCAGUGCCUCGUAUCCCGGCAGAGGCCAGCCCCUUGGCGGACCACGUGUCAGCCACCAGAAUCCUAUGUGGCGCCCUGGUCUUUCCCACCAUCGCCACCAUCGUAGGCAAACUCAUGUUCAGCAGCGUCAACUCCAACCUGCAGAGGACCAUCCUGGGUGGGAUUGCGUUUGUGGCCGUCAAGGGAGCGUUUAAGGUGUACUUCAAACAGCAGCAGUACCAGAGGCAAGCCCACCGCAAGAUCCUCAACUUCCCCGAGGCAGAGGAGGCCUGGACAGACAGACAGACACACUGACACACAGGGGGAGUGGAUGGAGCGGAACAGUGAACUCUGAGCAGGAACACUGUCGGACAGACACAGGGAUCGUUGGUGCCCCCUACCUCUUGUACCCCUCCGAGCAGCCUCGCCUCACAUUCUGUUUCUGCUCUCAGCGGAGUCCUUGUCCUAUGCUGCUGACAUUUGUGCUGUACGACUAUCGCCAUGAUCUAUUGCGUUUUUAAAAGACGUAGACUUAUACAGACAUGCGCGCGCGCGCACACACACACUCAUGCAUAUUGCACACAGGAAUGUGACUUGUGUUUUUGUGACUGCCGCAUUGCAGUAUUUUUUUUUUACAUAACCAGUGCUUGCUUAUUUUAAGAUAAAUCUGGGACCAGGUGUAAUUAUUAGGCAGGAAAGUUUUAUAAAUUCUGUUUGCCAAUGUGAAGGGUUUAAUGAGGAAUAUUGCUUUCCUGUGUUUGAGAAAUACGAAUAAAGUAUCUAUCACUAA